CAUUGUGAAGGAAAAUUAAAAGUAAAGACAAAAAAGGAGUAAACAAAAAAGAGUUGAGGCAGAGGUGUUUCACAGGAUCGCAACUCAGGUGGAUGCGAAAGCAUAAAUCGCCCCCCCAAGACGAAGACACGUUAAAGGUAAUGUAAUGUUAUGUGCGCGAGGUGAAGGAGCGUAAGGGCGCUGAAGUGUAAGCGAAGACAUCGUCGGCGCGCCGCCCCCUCCAGACGGGGUUUUGACGCCCCCCCUGGUGCAGCGCCCCUAUGCGUCGCAUGCUCUGCAUACCCCCUUUUUGCGCCACUGGUGUUUCAUAUGGGCAGAAGUGAAACCAAGCGCAAGCUGCGACGCUGCAGAGUUCACUUGUCGCCUGAUGCUUUUCUCACCCGUCAGUCUGUGGGUUUGAGGUGGGACUUCUCACUUGAACACUCCCACGGCGCUGAGAGCGAGGGGAAACUUAGCAAACAAUAAGCUGUGAGAUUCACUUCUGAGAAGAGCGCCGUUUUACUGCGAGGCUAAACAACAUGAGGAAACUUUUUAUUCUCCUUCCGCUGUUUGCCCUUUUCACACAUGGGACACUUCAGAAAAAUGGAAAAAGGAAGACAGCGAUAAUUCAGCCCAGAGUGUUUUUAGGAAUCCGUGCCACAGAGUCUGUUGUCCAUGGCACCCAGACUCCCAACUCCACUGAUCCUCCGUCUCUGCAGCAGUUAAGUGACACCGCCGUAGGGUACCUCAACGGACGCCUGAGCACCAGAGUCAUCCCUGUCAUCUACUUGCUGGUGGUGAUCGUCGGGAUCCCGACCAACAUCACCAUCCUGUGUUUGCUCGCCACCAAAAUUAGAAAGGUGUCGUCUGCCAUCCUCUACUGCAGCUUGGCCACCUUCGACCUGUUGCUCCUUGUCUCCCUCUUCUUCAAGGCUCACUACCAUCUCCUCGGAAACGACUGGGUGCUUGGGGAAGCCGCCUGUAAAGUGGUCACCGCUUGUUUCUACGGUAACCUCUACGGCUCGGCCCUGACUCUGGCUUGCAUCGCCGUCAAGCGUUACAUGGCGGUGGUGCACCCGUUCAUGUACAAAACGCUGCCCAAGAAGAAGUGCGCGGCCUGGGUUGUCCUGGCCCUGUGGCUGGCCUUCGCUGCCUCCAUCGUCCCCGAGCUUUUGGUCCAGCAGACUUUUUGGGUCUCCCAGCUGAACCGCACCACCUGCCACGACGUGAUGCCCCUGACAUCUGACUCUCACAAGUUCCUGCUCUUUUGCACCAUGACUCUGGCAGUUCUGUGCCUUCUGGUGCCCAUGGUGGUCACCACAGUGUGCUUCAUCAAAAUCCUCAGCGCGCUCAACCGGUCGCACUACAACUGGGCGAUGUACAUCAAGUCCAGCUCUCUGGUGUUUACCAUCUUUCUGGUGUGCUUCCUUCCUGCUGGCGUCCUGCACUUUCUCCAUUAUGUGCAGCUGUCUGCAGGAGGGGCAGAGAGUCUGUACAAAUAUUUCAACAUGGCGGUGUGUCUCUGCUGCCUCCAUGCUUGCCUGGACCCCUUCUUCUUUAUCCUCAUGUCCAAGUCUGCAGGAUCCAAAAUGUACUUUCUGACCUUCAAAGGCAAGAACCUCAGUGUGUCAUUCUGAAAGACACUAAGGAUGUUUUCACACCUGAUAGUCCGGUAGACCCGGUUCGAUGGGGUAACAUUUGUUUCAUUUUCAGCUGGUGCGGUUUACUUUCACACUGUACUGUGUCAAACGAUCUAAACCCUUUGAAAAACCUGUUUACCUCCUUACCUGCGGGGGCGUUGCACCAAGAACCGCCAUUGCACCAAGAACCACUGAGGGAAAUUACAUGAGCACAACAACCUACUUUGCAAAACGUAAACAAAAAUGAAGUAGGAUCAUAUUUUAGCGAUUGUAGGACGUCUCUUUUGUCUUCGGUACCUCUACACUCUCGCGUUUAUUUUGGCUCGAUUGACCAGGAAUGCCCUGCUCUAUAGUGCAUUUCCUGCUUUUGGAGCGGUCUCGUGUCUGCUUGCAUUCACAUAUGCAUUCGAACCGCGCCAGAGUUCUCUUCAACCGAACUGAGACUCAGGUUUUUUAGACGGACCAGAGUUUGCUUCUUACAUCCUCAUCAGAGUUCGAUUACGGCAUGCACACCUUCCCAAACGAAUCGGGCUUUUGGAGCAAAUGAACUAGAGUUCAAUUAAAGCGAACUAAACAGUCCUGGUGUGAAUGCACCCUAAAUGUUUUGAAGAAAACUGACAAAUUUCAUGCUUUCUGUGGCUGGAAGCCAAAGAGAAAGUAAUUCAGUUUAAGGGAACGUUAGCCUUGAUGCAAUGGCUGUUUUGAAAGUAGCACUUUUCUUUUCAAUAAAUGUUUAUGACAGAUUGGUUUAAUGAAACCUGUACCUUUAUUACCAGUUUGAUGUUAAUGUUACAAAACAGUUGAAAGCAUUCUUAAAUGUAAUUUCUUUCAAGCUGAUGAGUAAAAAAAGACAUUAGACAGAUGCAGUUACAAACAUAAAGAAGAGUUAAAGGAGAAUCAUAUAAAUGAGUUUAUAAUACUUGCAACAUCUCAGAUGGUGCUGCUGUUUUACUGUUACGACUUUUCUUGUUUAAACGAGAACAUAGUUUGGCUUUAGUGAGAUACAAACCUCUAUGCAGCGAGUUUUAUAUCUCUCUAAACAAGAAAGUUUCUCAUAAAGUUCUGCUCCCGUAUUUAUUUUCAUCCUCUGCAUGGCAUAAAAUGUGGUUUCCUGCAGGUGGAUUAUUCGGUAAAUAAUACCAUCAUUCACCAACUUCUUGGACAACCAGUAGCUACUGUUCUGUUUGGAAAGUCAUGAUCUUGAAAAUGAAGCACAACCUUGCUACUAAAAGUAAAGCUAGCAUGCCAAGACUGAAGAGCUGUAAGCACAAAAAGUGGCAGAAUGCUAGCUAGCUAGUAAAUCAGAUUACCCUGUUAGUUUGGCAGACGCUGCUCUAUACACAGCAGAGCAACAAAAGGAGGUGCCACUCUGUGAAAUAAGGAUAUUUACUUGGAACCGCUCUGACUUUAAAUCUGCAACUUCUUGUGACAGAAGCCAAAAUUAAAUCUUGAUUUUUCAAAAUAUCUUCAGCUCAGACAAAUCUUUGUUUUGAGUACAUGAAACGACUGACACUCACCCUUGUUGUCUCACUCUCCGUUAUGUGGUCAGUAUAACAAUUAUUACAAUGAGAAAAUACAUCCUGUUCUUCAGCAGUGCAUAUUCGCUUAUGUGCCUGCAGUUUUAGAUGACUAGGAAAAAAAAAACACUGGGUUGGCCAAAAGUUCCUCUGACAAGUCCCGACACGAGAGUGUUAGUUUAAUGUGAAGAUGCAUCUUGUAUAAAUUUUUCUUCCAUCGUAUGAGCAAGAAUGAAAUACAGAGUAAAAACCAGCUCUGAUUUUGCUUAUGCUUUGCUCUUUAUGAAUGUAUUUAUUUUUUAUUGUUUUUACUGUGAAGCUCUCCUUGGUCCCUUUUAUUAUAUGUUAUCCUGUAUUUCACCUUACAUAUUGUAUAGCAUAUACUGAUGAUGGUUAAAUAAAUACGUUUUAAAAUAUG